AUGAUGGACGAGUUCGCUUCCGAAUCUGAUAGUGACUACACUAGCUAUUGGCGAGAUUGGUUUAUAUCUUCACGCGGAAACGAGUACUUUUGCGAGAUUGACGAGGACUACCUUACUGACCGCUUCAACCUGACUGGGCUCAACACAGAAGUACAAUACUAUCAGUAUGCUCUCGAUCUUAUCACAGACGUAUUCGACCUCGACUGCGAUGACGACAUGAGGGAGACUAUAGAGAAAUCGGCCCGUCAUCUGUACGGUUUAAUACAUGCCCGUUACAUUGUCACUACGCGUGGUCUGGCGAAGAUGCUCGACAAAUACAAGAAAGCCGAUUUCGGUAAAUGUCCGCGAGUCUUCUGUCAUUCACACCCGCUCCUACCGAUGGGCCAGACCGACAUCCCACAUCAGAAGCCUGUGAAGCUCUAUUGCGUUCGAUGCGAAGAUGUCUACAAUCCGAAGUCCUCACGACACGCAGCCAUCGACGGUGCGUAUUUCGGUACCUCAUUCCACAACAUCAUGUUUCAGGUCUACCCAGCAUUAGUUCCCCCUAAGAGCGUCGACCGAUACAUACCCCGCGUCUACGGUUUCAAGGUACACGCCUCGGCUGCGUUGAUCCGUUGGCAAAAUACUCAGCGAACAGAUAUGCUCCGACGGUUACGAAAGCUGGAAAUAGAGAGCGGGUUCAAGGAAGACGUGGGCGAUGAGGAUCUCGAAGAAGAGGACGAAGAGGAAGACGAUUUGGAGCUAGAGGGAAUGGAAGGCGAUGCUAUGCACGUUGUCGGUUAG